AUGCGCGCAACCCCACGGAGACUGAGAGGAAAAGAUCUCGACUAUCAGCGAACCUACAAGGCUUGCAUGCCCUGCGCCCGACGGAAAGUAAAAUGCGAGCCCGACAGUGAAAGGUGCCGCCGCUGCACAGCCAAGAACCUCGACUGCACUUACAACUCGAAGAAGCCCUGGUCGAGGGAUCGAGGGAGUCGGACUGGUGCAACAUCAGGCGAAGGAGAUUCAAUCGGCAAUGACCCUAGCGUGGGAGUUUCCGAAGCCGGGGUUCAGAGAGCCCACGAAACGGGAAAUUCCCGCAGUCCAGAUACACCCGUUAAUCAGGAUGGUCUGUCGACAUCGGUACUCCAAAAGGUUGUAUCGAACAAUAGUGACGCGAUGGAUAUCCUGUUCGAGGCCGCUCUUCAAGAGUCCACCGACAAUGGACUUGACCCGACGCAAACCGCGCCUGAAUUGACCGAUGCAGACGUGCUACGAAUAUGGAAUGCUUGUCGAUUCGUGAAAAUGGGAUGGUUCUCCGCCCACGAAGCCAUGCAAUUAAUGGACCUGUAUAAUAUGGCCCCCCUCUCACCAGUCUUGACGAACUUCUUCGCCUCUCAUAAAAACCAAUACUACCUCGUUACUCAAGAGCCAAUGCUCUGCUAUACUAUCCUCAUGAUAUCUUCACGCUACCAUACCCUCCCAGGCGUGGGAGGGUACUCGCGCUCGUUCUUCAUUCAUCAUCGAUUAUGGCAACAUUGCCAACACCUCCUGCUUCGGAUCACACUCGGCCAAGAGAAGAUAUCCAAAGCAAAAACCAGAACGAUAGGCAGCGUUGAAGCACUAUUGCUGAUGUCCGAGUGGCAUCCGCGAGCCUUACAAUUUCCGCCCGAGACAGAUGGCUGGGACUCAGACUUUAUCAUGACUAGCCCUGACAUUCGCGACCCGCCUUCCACAGAGGAUAUGGCUGUUUCUCUUCGGUGGCGGGAAGACGUGGUCGAGCCGACGAAGAGGUUCGAGCGGAUGUCGUGGAUGGUCCUUAAUUCUGCGCUGGCUCUGGCACACGAGCUAGGUGUGUUUGGUUGUACUUCCAGGCUUGCCAAGCAGGAUGAUCUUGUUGGCCUCGACGCUGAAAGGUAUCUUGAGUAUUUGGAAGUGCGGCGUCAGCGAUUGCCUAGUCUGCUGUUCACGUUUAUCAAUUCUUUAUCGUCGAGGCUGGGAUGCACCUCACCUAUGCCUUCGGAAGUGGGUAUACCAAUGCCAGAAACGCGGACCUCGCUGCUAUCAAUUGAUAGAGAAUGGUUGCUGUUCAUGAGUGCAUGGGCUGAGUUAAUGAAGCUGACCAGCUCUGUGACGGAUACUCUGUUCCCGCUUAUGAAUGUCUCCGACAACAAUGCUACAGAUACUUUCAUCGCAAUCCUAGACCGCAAACAGGUAAUGUUGGCAAACUGGAAGCAGAGGUAUCUCAACAUUGCAGGUAAGUCUUUGAUCAUCAGUUUGGUCCGAUUUCUAACGCCAGCAGACAAGGGUCUUCCCUACACCCAAACUUUGUUCAUCGAAUACCAGCAUCUGAGAAUCCUCGUGAACUCCAUCGGUAUGCAAAGAAUUGUUCAAAGGGUUCUCCAAAACAGCGUUCAACCCCCAAAGGGCUCAACAAUCGACCCCUCUUUCAUCGAGCGCGCAAGACGACUAAACAUGACGACAAGAGAAUACAGCUUCAUCGAGGAAGUGAUUGAUGGCUGCUGCCAGACCCUCGAACGAGUCACUACACUAAGCGAAUCACUGCAUUUUUCACCUAUGAGAACGCUAUUUCGAACGAUCAGCUCCUCCAUCUUCCUUAUGAAAGCCCUUGCGCUGGGAGUCCGCAACUCAAAGCUCCAAGAGGCGCUUCAAAUCCUCGAUCGGACCAUUGCAGUGUUGUUAGAUACAGAGCAGGACGAUGUGCAUUUGAGAUCGAGGUAUGCAGCUCUCUUACAGACACAGGUAUCGCGUCUGAGAGAAAGCUUGGUGUCUUCUUACCCUGCAAGCCAUGAGCCUGAUCCUUACGAUCUAUCCAUGGAUAUGGAGCUUUCGGACGCUGCUUUCAACAACUGGCUCGCUUUGCCUUUUGAUUCUUCUAUGGCGCCAUUCGGGUCUACGGGGGAAUUUGAUAGGUUGGAUGGAGUUGAUCUGGACCUGGAUUUUUUAUGGCAACUUCCCCCUUGA